UCAUUCCUGCCCCGUCUCGUCUCUCCACAGGUGUUGCCCUGCACAUUUUCUGUUACAAGUGUCCUUGCUGAGUCGAUUCUUUUUUUAAAUUGGAUUCAGGCGUAACUGCUCAACUUUGCAGAAAUCCCUCUCAUGCUGAGCAGCACUUGGAGUGACAGAUUUAUUAUUGCUCUAUUCUUCACAGUUUAAGUCACAGCUCUGUGGAUCUGUCAUCUGUCAGGGUGACUGAGAUACUCUCUCUCCUCCCUCCGUGUCUCACUUCCUCUCCUUGACAUAACUGAGAAUGUUGACGGGCUUUUAAAAGAUAAUGUUGCCCUUUCUCCUCUUCUCCUCGUGUUUCCUCUUCCUUAGUCCUCCCCUCUUAUGAUUUCUCCUCCUUUCUCCCUUUGUUUCUUGUUUCCUCCCUCUCCCUCUUUUUUUUCUCGCCCCUGUGCUUCUGCAGAAUCACAGGGUUUGCUUGCUCAGCACUUUUCUUUUCCUCUCUUCCUUCCUCUUGCUGCUCUGAAUAUUGUAAUGACACUGCAGUCGCCGGGAAUGUUUACGUCAGUCCCUGUGUUAAAGUCAUUUGAGGGUCAUCUGAAAGUUUCUCGGUCCAUGGGCAUAAAUAUUGGAUAAGACAGAUAGUGGACCAGAAAUGGCGGAACAAAAAGGGCACCAGGAUGCAUCUUAGUCUGGCUGCUGGCAGAGGUGUUGGCAGCAUUUUAAAAAUUCACUAACCUCCCAUUAACCUUACACCAAGUUGGAGAGCAAAUGUCUAUCGACCGCUUUGUUGUGCCAGGAAAGUAAAUUAUAAUAAGCUCUUUGAAAGCUGUUAAUACACAGUGUGUCUGUGUUGUGUGUCUGCAGAUGGAAAGGUGUACGUGUUUGGAGGUAUGGGAGCCGACACGACACCUCAGGCUCUGGUGAGGGUUUACGACGCAGAGAAGGACCAAUGGCAGCCGUUGACCUCAAUGCCAACACCUCGGUACGGAGCCACACCCUUCGUAAGAGGAAACAAAAUCUUCUUGAUGGGUGGUCGACAGGGAAAGUUGCCGGUGACGGCGCUGGAGGCUUUUGACCUGGAGACGAAGAGCUGGACACGUUACCCCUGCAUCCCGAGCCGGAGGGCCUUCUCCUGCUGUGCCACAAAUGAGCGAAGCCUCUUCAGCCUGGGGGGCCUCCAGCAACCAGGACCACAUAACUUCUACUCCAGACCUCACUUUGUCAGCACCAUGGAGGAGUAUGAUCUAGAUCAAGGUAUUUGGAUCAAACCCACCCGGACGUCCAGGAUGAGGGAGAAGAGGGCUGACUUUGUGGCAGGCUGCCUGGGAGGAAGAGUAAUCGCAGCUGGAGGUCUAGGUAAUGAACCGGCGCCGCUGGGCACAGUGGAGAGCUACAACCCGGUGAAGCGGCGCUGGGAGUACGUGGCACCCAUGCCCACUGCACGCUGCUCCUCUGCCCUUUUGCAGACUAACAGCAUGCUCUUUGUGAUCGGCGGAGUCGCCCAGGGACCCAGUAACGCUGUGGAAGCCCUGUGUUUACCAGAAACAGUGUGACACAUGCACACACACGAUUACACACAGGAAUAAAUGCAAAAACAGCAGAUGAUAUUUUGUAUUCACCUAUGUGCAGAAACAGGAAAGAAUCACAUGAAUUGGAUUCCACAGCUGGCACUUAAAUACUUUUCUACCUUUUCUGUCCAACUGAAGGACUCCUCUCUUGCACUGGGAUGUAAGAAACUCUUUUUUUCACAUUCGACAAGCAUUUUACAGACCGGAGGCCACAGAGACAGUUUGUGACAGAGACGGAUUCAGGAUGAAGGACUUACAAGCCGACUGCUGCAACUGGCAAGGACGAAAAACUGACAGCUUUUCUACACUGGGGAAAACAUAGGAAGUCAAAAUAAUGAGCAAAAAAAACCAGACGCACCUACACACACAGUGUCUGAAGAAACAACACGCCUUUGAACUGUUGAGCAUUUUUCAGUAUAAAAGCAGGGUACUUUUCUGGAUAAUAAAGGAACAUAGGGCCAUAUCUGAAUCUCAAACGCAGCCGCCUGCGACAGAAAGCCUGGACACUUUUCUAUGACCUUACAAACAACUCUUAGUUGGGAUUAAGUCAGUGACGUUUUGGGAAUGUGUAUGUCUGAUUUCUUUUCGUUGCAGUGUUGUAUACGUGAGGUUUAGCACUGCUAUCAACAGCUACAGUGUCAACAACAGCGACACAUUAAUACAUUAACACUGCAAGCAACUGAAGCGACUUCUUGGCAUUUCCUUUAUUUGUAGAUGGAGAAUAGUUGACUGUGGUUGAACUUGUUUUCAACUUCACAUGCUGUACAUUUAUCCACCUGUGCGACAACUUUAGCAGCACAACAAUCAAUCCCUAAACAGUGCUUUACCCCGCAGCACAGCGAUGCAGUCACUCGUGCAGUGAAUACAGACUAACUCACUGAAGUAUCCAGACAGACAAAUGAUAAUCUAAACAUCACAUUCCUGACACGUCAUAUUCCUCUUGAGUUUUAUGAUUGACGGCUGUUUUUUUUUUUUUUUUUACCUCAGCUCAGUGUCAGUCUGAUGAUGAUAGGAGGAGCAUCUGGAGAUUAUGAUACAUCAGUAACAAUUUGAAGCAAUUGUGUUUCUCUGUUCAAUUUGCCUUGAAGACAAAAAAAAAAACAGUUAUUCAAGUUUUCACUGAAAUGAAUUCAGAUAUGCUGAUUUUCUCAGGACAAUAUUAUCUGAGUGAUAAAAAGGUUCUCAACCUCAGUUUGGUGUAGGCUCAAAUGAUCAUAGUUGCUGCAUAUUUGCAUAAUGCUGGAUCCUUGUGUUGCCUAUUUUUUUAAAUGUCCACUAAAAAUCAUUCUAAAAUGUAAAACUGCAGUCAGUGAUCUAGUUUGUUUAAGGUGAGGUGAAGCUUUGUGAACACGUGUUACAGGGAGAAAAGAUAAUGUGUGACAGAUUCAGUGACCUGUGAGGAGCAGGAGAGGUUUGCAAGGAAACAAAAGAGUUAGCUUGUGCUGUGUGUUUGUUUAAAAUGCUGUCCCUGCUGUCUCUCUUAUCCUGCCAUAUUGGAUACAUAUUUGAAUAUGCACUCAAGAGUGAUUUAUCAGGCCCUAAAUUCAUUAUUAAUAUUCUAUAAAACAAUUAAUUUUGCCUCAGCAAGUUAGAUAGUGGUAAAUGCACUUACCUGAAAUUAAAGGAGCAAUAUGUAUCUCUGACACCUAGCGUUGAAAAUGCAGUCCAAAUUCAAAACAUUUGAGAGUGCUGUCUAGAGUCGAUGCUCAUGCAGGUCACCAUGUGGUGGACUCUGAAGCUUCAGUGUUUAUCCAGCUCUGCAUGGGUCUGUAAACCUUUCUGUGUUCUAACCUCUCUCCAUUUUUCAAAAGCAUCUCCAAUAUUGAUCCUAGUUUGAGCACGUUUCUGCUCGUGGAGCUUAUUAGAAACAUGCAGAGGCUUUUUAGGUCGGGUACAAUCACUUCUAUCUGAACUGGUUCGCUUGCCCGCUUCCAUUGCUGCAACACCUGCUGGUUUGCUGUUUGCCUGGCAAACCACGGGGCGUCCUGAGCGGCCGUGUGGGGCUGCCUUAAAACGGCCUACCUGGUCAAAACAAAUACUGACCAUUCCACGGAGGACAUACUGGCUGCUGCAUUGUUGUCAGAGAAGCCAGCACUUCAACAUAGCAUGUUUCCUUAAUGUCUGAUCAUAUAGUAAGGUAAUUUUUAUCAUUUCAUUCAGGAGAUAUCUUACAUAUUGCUCCUUUAACAAUAUUAGGAGGUUAGGGUACCAUAAUCUUAAUAUCUCUAUUCCUCUUCCUUACUGCCUGAAGAAUAUAUGGAUAUCCGUCAACUCAGCAACCUUAUUCCAUGGUGCAUCAGCUACAUCUAAACGAUUUGAAAUAUUAGAAUAAAUGUUGCAGUUGCAUGAGAAUCACGGAGCUAAUGGAAUUUAAACUUUGUCUCCAAACAUAGGAAACUCUGGAGAGACUCGUGUAUUUAUACAUAAAGAGAGCGGAGAGAGAAAAAGUCUGUGGAUAACUCAGAGACACAGAUAAGUACCGUGUGAGCAAAGAGAGCUAUCUCUGGCCCCAAAGAAGCCUUGUGUCUAACAGACAUGCAGGCACACCUCUUCCCUCUGCAUUGCCCCACGUCUUUUAUUUUCUGCUCUGCACACACACUGGCAGGGCCUUGUUAACAGAGGCAGGCAUCCAUCGCUGUGCGGAGAGCUCUGAAAUUACGAGCUCAGAUGAGAUGCCAGUUGACAGUUUGUUAUUUCUAGUGCCUCCCUGUGUGCAUCUAAUUGUGUUAUUUACAACCCACACACCCUACACAUACAGAAAUGUAUGCACACACAGACACACAUAAAUACCUCAGCAGUGCCGAGAGAAGACCCGAGAGGCUAAAUGCAUGCCUGAAAGAAUGCAGUAUCAAAUUCAUUUACUCAUUCGGCUUUACUAUCUGGCAAUUAUCAUAAACACUUGGACAGAUAACAGAGAGAGUUUUGUGAAUUAAAGGCUCUGAGGCCCGCCUCUCCAUCCAACUGAGUGUUUGUCUGUAUGAAUGGCUGUUGUCAAUGUUUGAGAAGAGAACGUGUGUAAUUUUAUGUGGAUGAAUGUUUAUCAGAGCUUUAAUGCUACUGCUGUUGGAAUUUUUAAGGCUUUAAAACAAACACAAUGAAGUCCAGGGCAGUGAAGAAAGUACAGCACAACCAUAACAAGGUUUUUAGUAUGAAAAGCCAUUUGAUCAUUUAUUUAAUAUCCUACAUUUUAAGUGUCUGUUUCAUGCACUAUUCCAAUCGUUAACAGCAUUAGUUCACUAGUAGAAUUAAGGUCCAUGAUAUCCACUAGUUACUUAGUAAGAUAUGUUGUGACCCUACUAGUCAACUGUGUUGUGUGCCUUUAACAGUGUUGAUUAAUUAAUCAGUAACAGCCAAACUUUCCACUAGUAACACCAGUUAGGGUCUUUUUAACCUCAUUGGUUAACAUUUUUAAGCUGAUGACUUAAUUAGUAGAGUCUACAUUGAUCUUACGAUUAUAUUUAAUGGAUAUUUCAGAUCUUACUGGUUAACAUGUCAAAGCUUUUGCUGUCUUCAACUGAUGCCAAAUAUUAAACUAAUGCAGGAAACUGAAGCUUGAAAUCAAAGAUAUUGAAUAAAUGCUCAGACAUCUUUCCAUACUUUAAAAAAUAAUACUUUUAAAAAAAAGAUUUGUUGCUCCGGACAUAACUGUUAAUGUGACACAUUUUACACAUUUCAAUCAUGAAUAUACAAAUAUAUUCUUUAGAGGAGCUUUAACACAUCAUUCCCUGUGUGUAGCUGUGUUUGUAUGUCAGGACUUAUGGUUAUCGGUGCAACUGUGACUGCAGGUAGGCGUAUGUGAGCAGGACUCUUAUUUUUGCUUGUUUGUGUGUGUGUCUGUAUGUGUGUGUGUGUGUGUGUGUGUGUUCUAGCAUAUUCUUGACACUAAAACACACUUAUCGUCUAUUAUUGUGAGAGCUGUCUGGAGGAUGUACAGUGCCUCCUCUUGCAUUCUUUCUGUUUCUCUGGCUCCUCGGUGCAAUUUACAUGUCACACUGCAGGGGCACAAGGAAUUAUGGGACUGUGCCAGAGCUAGCCCUCUCUCUCUCUCUCUCUCUCUCUCUCUCUCUCUCUCCCUUAACUUUAGUCUUCUCUCUCGCUUCCUCUCGUCGUUGUCAGACUUUGUUUAGACAAGAUUCUCCAUGAAUCUAGAAUUCAUGAAGAAAACAUGCCUCAUCAGUCUGUGUUUCUGGUUCCUGAUGUGGUGUUUGUGUCAGGUUGUUUACUCAUUGGAGUGAAACCCUUCCAAUGCUUCUGACAGCGAGUGGACAAACACAGAACAAAAGAGAAGGAUGCUUCAGUCUGGGUAGAAGAUAAUUAGUUUGUGUACUUUUUCUCAGCAGGCCAUGAGCAAAUGAUGCAAAAUCGCUUUUACCAUGAUCACUUAAAAGCCAAAAUUCACAGAAAACCUGCUUCUCAUGAACACAGCAUUAAUAGGAUUUUAACAAGCAUCAAGUCUAAUGUGAAAAUCAACCAACAAGUCUGAACCAUCAGCAGAACCUGAGGCCCAGGGCAAUUUUACAAGCAAUAAGCGCCCCCAACAUAAUUACAAAAGAUUUAAAUACCCUAUAGAUUUGAGCAAUGUUGACUGGCAACCAACACACAAGGUCAACACUCAUUUUCAGACUUUUUUUUAUUGCUUUGGAUCACACUGAUGACACAUGCAGUGCCAAAACAAGUUACCUUACAGUAUGGUUGAACAUCUGUAGAUACAGUUUGUACCUGCUGUUGUGAGGCACAUUCGCUGCCUUGAUUAACAAAAAUGAGACCCACAGACUCAGGUUCUGACAAAAAAAAAAAAGAAAAACGUGGGUACAGUAAACACCUGCUGAGUGAAGGUGAAUGCUGGAAGUUGCUGACUUUAUUGUCUUCAGUUGUAGUUAUCCAGUGCAGAACUGUGUCUUACUUUUGACAAUGAAAAGCCUUUUGAUUUUUGAUUUUAUUUUGUAUUGCGGGCAACCUUGAACACAGUUUCCUAGGCAACGGGGAAUGGUGUCAACACACCCACAGGUAGCAUAAAUGUGUUCUUCUUACAUUGGCAUACAUGUGUUCAUGUUGUUUUUGUUUCCUUGGUGGGCUUGUAAUUGGUAAACAAAAUAUGUAUCAAACAUCUUUAUUGAUUCUAUUGAUUAGAUUUUGCAAUUAGAAAAAACGUUGUUUUUUUUUGUUCAUUCUAAUUGUUCGUUGACUGUUAACUUUUCUUCAUUAUCUCCCUCAAGGUGUUGUGCUGUGGAUUGAGGUUGUGAGGUGACUGAUGUGUGUAUGGUGUCGUCCAGAUCUGGUCUCGGUUCCUCAAAGUGAUUGUCACUAGUUUUGCGUUCCUGCAGAGUUUCGCUUUACCUGAUGUUGCAGAAAAUAUUUUUUUAUCACAAAUACAAACAUAGAUCUGCUUAUUUUCACCAUGACGGUCAGAUGAGAAGCGUAGAAGCAGUUUGCAUAAUACAAGGGAUACGGAUAAGUGCAAUACAGCGAAAUAAUAUAUGGUUCAAGAUGUUAUAUGUGGUGUGACAAGAAAGAAAACAGAGAUAUGUUUAGUACAGAGAAGCUUGUAUACUUUAUUUGUAUUUUAAUCUGUUGAGUGGUUUAUGAGCUUUUGGAUUUCCAUGCCAAAAUGGCCAUUAUAACAAUAAAUGAAUUUAAAAUACUAAUUUAGUCCAACAAAGUUUUUUUUUCAAUUCUGAUAUCUAACCCUGAUUCUUUCAAACCCCACUGAUAUUUUGGGAAGCUGAAUCCCAGAAUCCUCUCCAGUCCUGAUCUCUGCUGUGCUGUGCUGUGUCCCUUCAUGGUAGAAACCUGGUGCUGUGUGCUGUCUGUGCAUCAGUGUUACAAUGUGCUGUGUGUGUGAAAAAAUGUGAUUCAGGAGGUUUACUGAACCUUCUGUAAUGAUGCAAUGAAGGUGUUGGGAAGAGUAGUAAAAUAAGCAUUAAGGAAAAGAGAAACGUUACACACACAGAUUGUGUGUGUGGGGAGGUGUAGACAGUGUGUGUGAAACACUAAGGUUAGAAAUAUCUUUCCUUAUGUGACAAUGCUUUACACUUUGUUUUUUUAUCCCUUACAGUACGGCUCCACUGAUUCUGAAGACGUGCAGCAUCUCAACGCUUUCUAUUAAUUUCCUAUGGAGAGCAGGAGAGGCAGUCGCGCAAUGCAUUAUGGGAUCGUAGCGCCGAUUUUCGAGAGGUGCCCCGGACAGGAAUAGGCCAGAACUCUAUUCUAUAGAAACUGCCCGGACAAACCGCAUGUUUAUCUAAUCUGGUGCAUUCAUUGAGGCUACUUCACCUAUUGCAUAACCUACAGCAAAAAGGAGGGAAAACUAAAUAUAUGCCAACCGCCAUUAAACGGGUAUACGCCCAUCAAGUAGGAAGUUGAGUACUCAGGCGUGAUCCCUAGCGUCCUCGUCUGAAGAAGUGGAGCCGUUUAUAUUAUAGACAUAACAAACAUACAAACAGUAAACUCUUUUAUAGAAACAUGCAAAACUCCUUUUCAGGCAACAAGACUCAACUGUCCUCUAAUAGUAAUUUAAACCCAUACAAACAGAUGUAUACAGAGUACAUAAAAAAAUACAUCAUUUAUUUUUUACUUUUUAAACCUCUGUUCAAGUCAACAGUAGAUGGCUGACAUUUUUAGUUAAAUUUCCAGAAAUACUGUUGAAGUCAUUUUUUCAGUCUAACAGAUCAUUUUUGUCUGUUUUAACACAUGAUUGGAUCUCCUCUCAUGUGGUGAACUACUGAGCGUCAGUAUCCUCUGUGACUUCAGGACGCUGCUUUCUACACUCAGAAAACCGCUCUGAUGAUGUUCUCAGGGUUAUUAGUGCUUGGGGACAAGAAAUAAAAUGUUAAUUAUAAAGCCUGUGUUAAAACUUGGUUAAUGGAGCUUGAGAGACAUGUGCAUUCACCGGGCAGACGAGGUCAACAGGAAGACUCUACAGAGUUAUAGGAAACGUAGGAUAAAGCUUAGCAUGCUUUCAGGGCUAAAAAAACAGUUUUCGAAACGUAUUCCUCACAAUAUAAUGAGUUAGGAUAUAUUUAAUACCUGCUAUAUUUAUGAACAAAAUCACAUAUUAUACCUUUAAAGGUUCACAGAGAUUAGUUUCCAGUCAGUCCUAUUACUACAUAACAUCAUGUUCAUGCGAGAUUAGGAUGGAUCUUAAUUUCACACCAUUCAGACUAUGAUCUCUAAAAGUGCAGUGUAUUAGAUACACAUCAGAUCACAGUUAGCAUUUAUCUAAUAUCAAGGAGUCUUAAUGUGGCGGCAUGACGAUAAGGAUGAUGAGAUAUUUUACCUGCAGCAGGCUUACAGUGGCUGGCAGGCCUUGGUUUCCGGUCAUGGCUGUGACUCCAGUGCGGUUGUUCAGUGCCUAAACUAAAUGUGAGGUAUAGUGCCUCGAAUAUAUUAUUCUGUUCUAUAAUAAACUAUUUUGACUUGCAGUCUAUA